UCUCCGGCGGGCCGCCGAGGGAAGUAGCAAAAUAUUUAGCACAAGUGGAAGUGCCUGCGUUUCCAGCAAAAGAGAUGGCUUGCAUAAUAUCUUCUUGUUCUGCAGCAGCAUCAACUCGGACAAUCGUCUCCGCUGACUCACUCCCAACUCAUUCAAAUCACUCAGUCAAACUCGCUUCAUUUUCAUGGGUCUCUUCAUUUCCUCGCUUAAACAUCUCUGUUGGUAACGGGUCACUCUCAAUCUGUCCCAAUCCCACUCUCAACAAGAAUUCUUUCAUUCAAGCUGCAUGGACCAGGAGAUCUCGGGGUGAAGCUGCAAAGAAACCUAGCCGAAAAUCGUGGAAACAGAGGACAGAUAUGUACAUGAGGCCAUUCUUACUGAACGUUUUUUUCUCAAAGAGAUUUAUCCAUGCGAAAGUCAUGCAUCGAGGAACAAGCAAAGUGGUAUCUGUUGCUACGACAAAUGCCAGAGAUAUAAGAAACAGCAUACCAUCACUGACAGAUCACAAUGCCUGCAGACUUAUAGGAAAGCUUAUCGCUGAGCGAUCAAAGGAAGCUGAUGUAUAUGCUAUAUCUUAUGAACCUAGAAAGAAUGAGCGGAUUGAAGGUAAGCUUGGGAUCGUUCUCGACACAAUUAAGGAAAAUGGGAUUUUAGUUGUCUAAGCUUAUUCCUGAUUUCUGUUGUAAGUUUUUGCUGUUGUAAAUGACACAAAAAAAAAAAAAAAAAAAAAAAAAAA